CUAAAAAAGUUUGUUCUUUGAGUACACUAGAGUACCUUGGUGUAAAAAAGCGUGCGAUGAGGGUUUUUCUCAAUAUAUUGGAUAUUUAUUAUUUAAAUUUGGAUUAAGAGCAACCAUGCGUGCACGAAAUGGUGAGCUACAAAUAAAAAUACACCUCAGAAAAGAUUAUCCGCACGGAGGACUUUCACCACAGUUUUUUACCAGAUAUAUUGAGCUAUUAUUGUUGAUGAAAAAUUUGUAAUAAAUUGUAUUUACGUGUUAUUAAAAUAUAUUAACGAUGAGUCUGGAUGAAAAUAGCAAGGCACGUAUGAAUUUAGCGGCUAUCAAGAAAGUGGACCCAUACGCCAAAGAUAUUGUUGAUUCUUCGUCGCAUGUUGCCUUUUACACGUUUAAUGCGGAGCAUAACGAGUGGGAGAAGACGGACGUUGAGGGUGCUUUUUUUAUAUACAGUCGGAAUGCACAACCGUUUCACAGUAUUUUUAUAAAUAAUCGUAUUAACACAACAUCCUUUGUAGAGCCUAUUACAAGUCAACUUGAACUUCAAUCGCAACCACCAUUUUUGUUGUAUCGUAAUGAGCGUUCACGGAUUAGAGGUUUUUGGUUUUACAAUAGUGAAGAAUGUGACCGAAUCGGCACUAUAGUUGGUAGUUUGGUGCAAAAAGUAGACUCAAGAGCGGUCUUUAGCGAGGGCGAUGAAAAGUCGCAAAAUAAACAAGAAAACGUUAAUAUAUUCAAAAUGUUAUCAAAAGCUCAACAAGAAUAUAAUACGCAACAGAAAAUGGCUUCAUGUAAUGUGUUACAAUUCUUUGCUGCCGCAAAGCCACGUUCAAUAGAAGUGCCUUUUAUGCAACGCGUUAUACCAAACACUCUAUCAGUUGAGCAACUGGAAAAACAGCAACGCGCUAAAACGCCCAGAGGAGAAACGCUAUCAACUGAUAACUGCAAAUUCGAAAUCAAAUCAGAAGCUACAUUGAAUAACCAAGCAACAACAGUGAAUAUGGCGUAUCCUGGAAUGGAAAGUUUAUCCAAUGAGUCUACGACGCUUAUGCAAUCAACUGGAAAAUUACAUAGCUCAUGUGCCCCAUUGGUAGUUACGGAAGAAGAACGUCUCAGACAACUUCUUGUUAAAGAAUCACCAAAGCCGGUUAAACCGACUUUAAUGCUACCAACCAUGUUUGAUAAACCAACGGAUGUAAACAGAAGCUCGCCUAAGAAGGAACCACUUAAUCAAUCUCAGUUAAUCCAAGCCUUUAGUUUUCUCAUUCAAAAUGACAAGGACUUCGUUCAAAAGUUGCAUGAGGCAUACAUUAAAGCUUACAAUAAGGAUCUGACAGGGACAUAUCAGUAAUUAACCAUAUGUAUUUUGUCAAAAUGGAAAUUACAAUAAAUUGUAAUUUGUAAUGUUGA